GUAAUCUCAGAAAUCCCAUAAAAAAGCUCGUAUUUUUGCCUUGUCGGCACCAAACUCCCGUAAAUCUAGAAAACACCCCCCUGAUCCAGAAUCACCAAAGACAUUUCCCCAUUAUCAUCAUGAUCACUCAGAGUCUAAUGAUAUGGGAGGAUUCAUCGGAUUUGACAAUGAAGAGGACGAAAAGGCAGAAAUACAGAAGCUUCAAGAAGAAAUCUCUUCUGGAAAACCAUCUUCAACCAAGCCUACAACCAUAACCCCCUCUUCUUCUUACACUUCUACUCUGCCAGAAUCCAAAGGCCUGGGAGGACCAACUAACACUGGUCACACAUCCUCAUCUGCUUCAAAACAGCCUACUGUACCUUUGGAAGCAAUCAUGGGUGUUGUAGCAGAUCUUGAGACAAAUCUGAUGGGAUGCGUCAAAGCCCUAGUCGAUAUACAGAAGAGCUCGUCCUACAAAGUUGCAGAUAUCGAUACCUACAUGCAAGGUGACCUUCGACAGAUGAUAACAGAAGACAGCAACAGGCAGAUCGGUGUUGUUGAGGACCAGAAGAUCUUCAAGAAAAUGACCAAUGAAAGAUUGGAUUCUCUAUCAAAAUCUGUCAUGGCCAUACAGAUUGCUGUGUCAACACUGCAAGGAAAGGUUGACAGUCAGAAUACUGCUCUCUCCUACUUGAUCAAGACGCUUGAUGAGUUUAAAACCUAUAACAAGGAGAAGAGCAGGCAAAUGAACCAGAUUCAGGUUCUUGUCCAAGAGUUGAAGGACCAAGCCAAUAAACAACAAGACUCGCUUGAUGGGUUAGCUAGUGUCAGCCAGACUCUGCCUAAUGCCAUUGAGGACCUCAAAAGUAAGCAGAAGAAUGAAUUUCAAAAGCUCCAAUUCCUCAUUGGUGAUCUUGCUAAUGCUAAAAAGGGGAUAAAAGAGGAAGCAAGUCCCAGAGCAUCCCAGAAUUGACCUCCAGAUUUCCAUGCCCAAACAAAGCUUGACCCCACUUUCCUCAGAACAGGUCGAAUGGUACUAUAAGCAGAAUCGUCUCAAGAAGCCUGCAAUUCUGCCACCACCUCCUCUGCCCAAACUAGGAAAGAAGUCCAAGUAUGCUACAUUCGGCUUGACAGAUUGGCAAAGGCUAAAUUUGACAUUGCUACCAGAUGGCUAUCUAGAGAUCUAACAUGGUGGAUCCGUUGAUGAAGCAGAGAAAUGGUGGAAUUGGCAGGGAAGAACAAGAACGAAGCAUUUUGCAACUACCUAGACUGUCAGCUAACACCAGAGCGGGACUAUUUCAUCCGUCCAAAGGAGCAUGCUUGUUGGACCAGUCAUGGAUUUGUGCUAGGUGUAGCUCGGAACCUCUACAGCAUAAUGCUUGCCAUGCUUUCCUAUAUGUCUAAAAAUGUGCUCGGCAUUGUACUAGCUAAUUGUUUCCAAGUUAUUUCUUCAAAUUUGAGGUGAUGUAUUUGACUUCAGUUUCGUUUUUCAGGUAUGCUAACCUGUCUUUUUUUUAGAGUUCAUUUUUUCCCAUGCCAGAGAUAGUACUUGUGAAUCGAUUUAGAGAAAUGGAGACUUAAUUUUCAAUGCAUGUUAGUUAAUUAAAAAAAUGGUAUUUAACCUAAUUAACUAGGUUGGGUAUUUAACCACCCGUUAGUAUGGAAAUGGUAGAGGCCAAGGGCCAAAGUCACUUUUUGGCAAAUUUCAGUCCAAGUAGUAAUUAUUCCAUGUACUAAUUACUUUGUAUUCAAUGAAUUAGAUUACUUGAGGUAAAGCUAUGGCCAACAAAACCAGGCUUGUAACUGUUAUGUCACAAUUGUUCUCACAUCUAUUCAGUUACAUUAGUGCUCAAAAUUUUAGAUUCUAAAAUAAAUUUAAAUACCAUGGGGCACACAUAUCACAUCACCAGUGGAUUUCACCUGUGCUUACUCUUGCAGAUUUAGAACUUGUUUGAUGCCCGAUCUGUGAUUUCAAUACAUGUGAUGGUAAGCUAAUUAAGUCUGCAAUGGGGUUUUCAUUGUCUGAGAGCAGUAUAUUUAUGGAUGUUUAAGAACUUGAUGAACAGGACAUUCAUCUACAUAUUGGGUCCCUAUUGGUGCCAUUUUCAGGAAAAGUUUUUUUCAAUUUUUGAUAUCUUUGUGUUUCAGGACAUGAUAAAUUUGAGACUCUAGGUGCCUUAGUUCAGACAUACUGUUGGCAACCGGGGGAGGUAUAGCAUGGCAAAUAUGGCAUGCUUUGGAUGAGUUAAUGGUAGGUAGGAAAUUUUUGUACAUCGAUUCAUUUGCCCAUAAUUAUUGCAUGUAAUUAUUAAGUUUCUGGUCUGUAAUACCUACUUUUUGUAGCAUUGGUCUUACUUCUUCCUAAUCAGCAAUGAAUUGCAAUGAAUCUAUCGUGUUGCUUUUAGUCAAUUAUUGCUGCAGUUUGGCUUAAAGAAAAAAGCAAACUGAUGUUGUGCUACUCAAAGAUAGUGUGAGUUCUUAUGGAGAAUAUGAGUGCAGUAUUUAUCAGAAAAUAAGGCACACAAAGAAGAGAGUCACAUAUAAUUGGAGACGUACACCUCUAGGGUUAAAAUGUAUCCUAGAGAGCUCAAUACUCAAUAGCAUUCCUAAAAGAAUGAUUGCUAAUAACAGAGUGAUACUAAUAAAUAUGCCAUAGUUUCAAAUAAGUAUUUAUAGGAGGCUGUUUUGUAGUGUUAUCAUAACAAUAAACAAAUUAGGAUUGCCCUCACUAAAAGCCUAAAGCACCUGGCUUAGGUCAUGCUAAAAAACACACAUUGAACUAUAAUGAAAUGAUGAGUAAUAACUUACAUGUACCUUACUAGAAGUACUACAAGAAUGAAGAUAUGGAUUAAGAGCCCAAGAAUGCUUUUGGCAUUAUCAGGGAUUCGUAAAUAAGCCUAAUUUGGCAAACAAUUUAUUUUAUAGAUGCAAUUCAGUUGAAAAAUGAAUACGCAUUCUAACCAAAUAACCCAUAGUCAUAUAUCAUUGGAGUGCACGUUGAUAUAACAAAUACCAGUGUGUCGUCUCUGAAAUUUGGUCUAGGUUUUUCUUAGGAUUCCCAACAAUCUUUGCAAUUUCCUAAAUUUAAUGAGGUUUUAAAGAUUAUAGAAAAAGUCAUAUACAGACAUAAGUUUCUCUUCACCUUUUGAAGAGAUAGUACUUCAAAUUAUAUCCUUUUAUGCAUGCUUUAUUUUUACUUUGCCUUUUGUCUCUCACCUUAAAUGAGAUUGAUCUUUUUUUCUGUAGUUAUCCCAAGAAAGAAGGAAGAGAGUUUUCUAGUAAAAACAGUUGAUGGUCCUGCACUAUUAAUUUUUCAUUUGGGAGCUAGUCAUUGGCGGUUCUGAUAAUCUCUGUCAAUCUCUUAUUUUGAAGGCGUUACAUAACAUGAAAAUUUAAGCAUCCCAAUCAUCUUGUCUAGUUUUAUGACAUCUCUUAUUUCAUCUUUGUUUUACUUUAUCUUUGUAUUUGGGAUUAUUAAUUUUGUGAAAGUCAUGUGAGAAUAUAAAAUGAGGACAUAGAGUAUUACUUUCUAGCUAAAAUAUCUUGAAUGGUAAAAUACUGCACUCGUUCUUUUAAAUUUAAAUGGUCAUGCA